AUGGAUUCGUUCGAGAGUAAUCCUCUACGGGGUUGGAGGCUAGAAACCGGGUAUGACGCGAAUGGAGACCGACAUCAUCUACGACCAUCAGGCUCCGAGCGCUGGCGGGCUGUGCGAUGUUUAGGGAAGGGGUCUUUUGGCGACGUCUGGCAGGAGCAUUGUAUAUCGGGACCCUCAAAGGAUGCCAUUCGCGCUGUGAAACGUCUCAGUAAGCGGCAGUCGACGUUUUCGGAAAUGUCCAGGCGGGAGCUCAACGCCCUAGUUACAUUCUCUAACUCUCACAUCCCUGAGUAUAGAAACUAUUUUGUCCAAUGCUUUGGCUGGUUCGAUGACAUAGAGCACUUCUACAUCGCAAUGGAGUUCUUCGAGUACGGUGACCUCCAGAAAUACAUAAUAAAGCCGUUCCCGGAGCCCGAAGCGGCGUCAAUCACGGUGCAGGUGGCCCAGGCUUUGCAAUACAUGCAUCAGAAGAAUUUCGUCCACCGGGACAUCAAGCCUUUGAAUAUCCUCGUUUCCAGUCUAGGCCCCCGGUGGCACGUUAAAGUAGCGGACUUUGGAAUUGCUAAAAACAUAGAUGGCACUGCUCUUGGAACACUCCAGAUUGGCUCUCUUGGAUACAUGGCGCCGGAGCUAUGGGGCAAUUCGCCGGAUCCAUACACAGCGGCUGUCGACGUCUGGGCACUCGGGGCUGUGGCAUUCUGCUUAAGGACCGGAUUUCCCCCGUUCCGCACCAUCCAGCACUUACUCGACUAUGCCCGUGAUCACAAAACACAUUUCCCCCUGCGGCCACUAGGUACAUCGAGCGGGUUCUGCAUGAACUUUGUAUUAGGCACUAUGGCCGAGGCUCCCGAACGACGAUUCACCAUCGAGCAAAUCUUGGCGCAUGACUGGCUUUCUAUGCAGCUCGGUGUCUCUCAGGGAGGGGAGCCGGGUGGGAACGCGAUAGACGGUCUGACGGCCUUAAACGUACCACCGUCUAACGCCUGGUCGGACACAUAUAGCAGCUCUAGUACUCACCAACCGCAGCCUCGUUCACCUAGCACGCCGGACAUAGAUCCAGUGCCCACGCCGUUACCGUCCCGUAACUCUCCCUUGCGACCGGGGGCACAGAAUUUAAGGGAAAAUUUAGAGAAAGGGAUGAAGAAGCUCACAGUAGCGGCGACAUACCUCGGGCAACAGGGAUAUGACCGGGAAGAGAAGAUCGGGAAAGAAUUGGUUAGUCAGGUCGGUUUAGGACGGGAAGUGGUUGGUUACCACAAUGGCGGCCGGCUGGCGUCGGGGUCAAAGGACACGACAGUCAAGAUCUGGGAUCCAGCAACGGGGCGCUGUGUAUCGACGCUCAAAGGUCACAGCGAUGGGGUCAAGUCAGUGGCUUGGUCACCCAACGGCGGCUGGCUGGCAUCGGGGUCGUUGGACGAGACAGUCAAGAUCUGGGAUCCAGCAACGGGGCACUGUAUAUCGACGCUCAAAGGUCACAGCAAUUGGGUCCAGUCAGUGGCUUGGUCACACAACGGCGGCCGGUUAGCGGCGGCGUCGGGGAGAUCGACAGUCAAUAUCUGGGAUCCAGCAACGGGGCGUUGUAUAUCGACGCUGGAAGGCCACGACACUUGGCCCUUCUCCGUGGCCUGGUCGCACGAUGACAACCGGCUGGCGGCGGGGUCAGAGGACGGGACAGUCAGGAUCUGGGAUCCAACAACGGGGCACUGUAUAUUGACGCUGAAAGGCCACCACGGUUUGAUUAGGUCGGUGUCCUGGUCGCGUAAUGGCGACCGGCUGGCGUCGGCUUCAGUGGACAAGACAGUCAAGAUCUGGGAUCCAGCAACGGGACACUGUAUAUUGACGCUCAAAGGCCACAAUAAUUGGUUCCAGUCUGUGGCCUGGUCGCACGAUAACGGCCGGCUGGCAUCGGGGUCAGACGACAGUACAAUCAAGAUCUGGGAUCUAGCAACGUGGCGCUGUGUAUCGACGCUUAGAGACCACAGCCAUUCGGUUAUGUCGGUGGCCUGGUCGCACAAUGGCGACCGGCUGGCGUCGGGUUCAGUCGACAAGACAGUCAAGAUCUGGGAUCCAGCAACGUGGCGCUGUGUAUCGACGCUUAAAGGCCACCACGAUUGCGUCUUCUCCGUGGCCUGGUCGCACGAUGGCGGCCGGUCAGCGUAA